AUGCCUUGGCUUCCGCCUGGAGGACCCCCAGCGCCGCAGCGCGAGACUGGUCACUUCAGAGGUGAUAGGCAGCCUGCAGACGAUCAUGAGCAUCAGGACAACAUUGACAACGCGCCGCAAGAAGCAGGCUCUGGCGUCCAACCAAACGGUCAGAAUGCCAACGCUGAAGAGCAUAUACACGAUAUGCUCGCACGCUUGGAUGACGAAGAGCGCGAGUUCCAGCGCAGCCUCGACCACGGGCCGGAGGAACCAGACUACUCAUCCGUCACUGGAAGCUUUCCGAAUCAGCGUGGCCCAGAUGGUCGAUUGCUGACAAAUGGUGUGACUGCGCCGGUCACGGAUGAACAAGAGCACCAGAGCCACGCGGAGGACGAGCCGCAACGUGCGGAGUCCGAUAACCACGUUAUUGCGAGCGAAGUUAUGAGAGCACGACAGGUUGACAGACCGCAGAGUCCCCUCUCUCCUAUGUGGGACAUUCGGCGAGGCACCUCGAAUGUACUGCGCUAUGGCGUCCCUGAGGCCACUCCGUCCCCAGACUCAAGCAGCGGAAUUACGGGGAACGGGACGCAGUCUCCACUCGCUCAUCCAUCUGUUGCACCAAUUGCGAACGGGAGUCGGCCGGUUGCCCAUGGUGAUCAGAUCGAGUUUCCGCAUCUUCAACGGGGACAGCAGCAGCCCGAGGUUCUCCCGACUGUCACAGAGGAACAAGCGCGACGGGCUGAAAUCGAAGACCUCUUCGACUAUGCGAGACCGAUAUGGAUGCAUCAAGUCGCCACUGCCGUCAGAUACGGGACACUAGCACGAAUGCCGCAGACUAUCGAAGAAACUCACCAUGCUUGGGAUAUCAUUCACGGCCGGCCGCUCCUGGAAGAGGCUGCCGCGCUGCUACUAGGCGUGAGGAACCCGCCACAACCGAAUAACGAAGGACGAUUUGCGCCUGCCACGCCAGCUGCAGUAAACAACACAUUUCCUUCAGCGCCUCCGUCUGCGUCUCCGCCUGCACCUCGCGUUGAGGUAGAUCCUGCCGGGGAUGCCUAUACGGGAGCGGCUGAUUGGUCGGAUUGGCCGGUACCUCCGGGCAACCCGGUACGUUAUAAUGACUUUGACGGCCUAAUGGAAGAGGGAAGAUUAGGAGGGAGACUGGCAUCCACGGAGGGCACCACACUAGUCAACUCAGAACCUUCGCCAUCUCGCCGAGUGCGCUUGGAUCCAGAACGCUUGGCCGGCCUUGAUGACGGCAGGCCAUUCGAAGUCCACCCUCACCUGCGGACUGGUUCAGUCCAUGACCCUGAAAAUGCGCUUCCUACACCAGAACCUUCUUCACACUCCAGCGACUAUCUCCGCACACGAGGCUCACCGCCACCGCAUACGGCACGUCCACUACCGCCUCAGGCUGCGGGUCAUGCUCAGGAUCUGCGACUGUGGCGCAUCACUCCGGGACCACCAAUUCGUGAGCCCGCGCGGCGGAGCCCACGAAGUAAGCUGUCUGAUGUUGUAUUUGCGGAACCGGUCACCCGUCCGAGCACACCACCUACCGUCACAGCGACCAGAGGCGAGACACUCACAUCUCCUGCUGCUCGCACACCAUCGCCCCCAUCCCCUCGAUGUCCCCUCACGACGCAGAACUUGAAGCAGUUUGCGAGCAACCCCGAGUCAGCGCCACUGACAUCUACGCAGCGUGUCCUAAGGGCCACGCCACCACGCAGGCGCGUCUAUUGCGACGAUCGGGAUGACUUCAUCGAGCCUGCAACGCCUGAAGCGGAACAAAGCGAGGAACCCGCAGAUGAGGCUCGAGCAGAGAUGCCAGAAGCGCACAUCGAGCCGAAUGUGCUAGAGACGGCGCUUCUGGCAGGAUUACCGAUACAUUUCUCUGCCAACCUCAAUGCCGAGCGAGGCACUGACGAACUACCGAGCAACUAG